AUGGGCUGGUCCUCCAUCCUGAAGAGCCUCCUCACAGUUUCUGUCCUUAGCAUUUUAACUGUCUGCUCCGUAGAGAGUUCCACGUGUAUAGAAGCUUCAUGUCCAAAUGGAACUUGUCCAACGGGUUCUACUUGUAGCUCCCCCUCUGGCUGCUUCAGCCUAAUACAGCAACUUCAAACACCACCUCCAAAUACAAAUCUACGACUUGUUGAAAAAGGGUGUGUUUCAAAUCAAAACCCAUGUGCCCUGGAAUUCUCAGCAACACUGGGGAAUCAACAGAAAUUUAGAUACCAGAGGCAGUGCUGCACCACUGAGCAGUGCAACAAAGUCGACCCCACUCUGUCUACAUUAUCUUCAGAAGCCAAUGGUGUUGAAUGUCCUGCCUGCUACAAUGAUAAAACCAAUACCUGCCCCACAACGACUCCCCUAAAGUGCACAGGGGAAGAGAAAAGGUGUAUUGAGGUUACCAGCAGAGAUUCAUCUUCUAAUAACGUAGUACUGUAUGGAAAGGGUUGUGCAACAGAAAAAGCCUGUGCACUGAAUAUGACAGUCUUCCAAACGAUACAAGUUAAAACCUCAUGCACUCCGGCCAAUGGAAGCCCUGCCCUCAAAUCCAUUGCAUUACUCCCAGUUAUUCUGCUCCUCCAAAAAGUCUUGCUUUGA